CCUCAUUGGCUGGUGUGACCCCCGCAGGCCCGCCACCUCCCAGGUGGGCCCAGAUUGGCUGGAACUACACUGACGGCUAUUGGGGAGAAAAUGGCCGCCACCGCCACCCCCAGCUGAAGAGCUAAGGCCUACUGUUUCCUCCUCCACUUCCCUAACGUCACUGUUCAUUGCUUUGUUGUGAACCGUGAUUCCCGCCAACCGAUUUGCUUUAGAGUACUAUGGCAAUGCAUGAUAUGAGUCGUGCCAAGGGUUUCCCCUGUAAAGAGUGUGAUAUGGUUUGCCCGAGUACUCCAAGUCUUCUAGAGCAUAUGAAAGCACAUUAUCAGCAAGAAGAGACCGGACGUUUUGAGUGUGAACAGUGUGGCCGAAUUUACAAGCACGCAGCUAGCCUAGCUAAUCAUAAAAAAUCUCACGAAGUGGGUUCAUUCCAGUGUCCUGUUUGUACCCGGACCCUCCCCAACGCAGUAGCUUUGAAGAACCACUUACGUAUCCAUACACUGUCCCCCAGUAGUGCGCACACAGAAGAAGAAAGCGAAGAAGUACCUGAAGAAGCAGGCCACGACGAGAGGGACUACGGCCUCGCCCAAGACCUCUCAGACGGGUUUGGGCGCUCACAUUUGAACAAUAGUGGUAUGGGACAUAGUGUCCUACAAGGCCACGAGACAGACGACCACGGAAAAAAAGGCUCCCCUGAGUCCGACGACGCUUGGGACAGACCAUUCAAGUGUGAUCAGUGUGACAGAACCUACCGGCACCACGGUAGCUUGGUGAACCACAAGAAGUGUCACCAGCAAGGAACUUUCAAGUGCUCUGUGUGUUUUAAACAAUUUAGCAACCUGGCUGCCCUAAACAGCCACGAGAGAACUCACUCGAAGUUCAAGACCCCCGGGGCAUCCAUGGUGAGCAGCAGCAGUAGCAGCAGCAGCCUCCACGACUCGGAGCGCAGCAGUGGCACCCAGUCAUCCCAGGGCGACGACACUGCUUCCUGUUUCUGCCACCUGUGCCAGGUAGCGCUGCCGAAUAAAACAGACUUUCAGGAGCACAUCCUGCUUCACAACUCGGCUUCGCCUUCCCUCGGACUCCCACGCAGUUUCCCAGGCAUCAUGCCGCACAAUCUGAGUGCGGUUCGAUCCCCAGCUUACACCCCUGCCCUGGGGGACCCUCUGCCUCUCCCACCUUUGCCCAGUGACAAAAGAGGUCCCUAUGACCCCAUAAUGGGUCCUCCAGUCAACAAUCCCAUCUAUACAUGUGCAUACUGUGGAGCAGGACACCCAGAUCUGGACACCUUGAAAGUCCACUAUCUGACUCAUGACCCCCACCCUGGCUCCCAUGGCCAGGACAGCUCCAUCCUCAACUCCGACACACUAAGCUCUGGAUCACAGGGCUCUGUGUCUUCUCCCUCUGGAGGCCGUGUGCCUCAGGCCAAUUCUCCAGAUGAUGGUGAGCGCCGCUUUAAGUGUGGGGAGUGUGGCAAGAGCUACCGGCAUGCAGGAAGCCUGGUCAACCACAAACGCUGCCAUCAGACAGGCCACUACCAGUGCACUAUCUGCUGUAAGCAGUACCCUCACUUGGCAGCACUACAUAGCCACCUACGAAGUCACAAGGGGCGUCCCUCAAACCAGCCUAUUGGUAACGACAGCAAUGACUGGCUAUCUCCAGAGCCGCUAACUCUGGACUCCCAGCAGAGCUAUGUCCAGGAAGGCAGCGGUGCCACCACUCCAAUCUCUUUGCCAGGAAACCUUGGUGAUGCUGCCCACUUUGUGCCAGAUGGUGGCCACAGCAGUGGGUUGGACUCUCUUGAGUUCCACGAUCGCUUUGAUGGCAGCUCACUUUCCCAGAGCAACUCUGCUCACCGUCAGGCCGAUAGACAUGUGUGUGCCGACUGCGGUGAGAUGUAUGGAGACGUGUCUGGCAUCAAGUCGCACAUGUGUCCCCGCCGUGGCCAGCAGCCGCAGCAGAGCAACAUGUCUAACGGUUUUAUGGGGAACAUGAACUACCACGGCUCCAGUGGUGGAACUGCCUUGCCUGCUGGGAGUUCCAGCAGCCUGAAAGAAGGCAGCAGCCAACGGCAAUACUCCCAGAGUGGAGGCAAGAGAAUGGGGAGCAAUGAUAAAGAUGACGAUGAUGAUGGAGAAGUCUAUCAGUGCUCGGUGUGUGGCAACCACUACGCUAGCCUCAGAGCCCUCAGGAGCCACCUGCGUAGCCAUGCCAAUAACCCAACAGGGGCAGGACCUUCCAACCUAGAGCAGGAGUGGAGGAUGAUCUGCUCCACCUGUGGUCAGAGCUUCGCCAGGAAGCAGGACCUCUUGAAUCACCAGUUAGUCCAUGGCCCCCAAAGGCCGGACAGCCAGCAACAGGCUAUUGGAAGCAGCUCAGCUAAUGGCAAUGACAAGAUGGAUGGACGCAACCACAUUUGUGUUGACUGUGGCAUGUUUUUUGCUGACCGCCACCACCUGAUAACUCACCUGUGCCCUGGAAAAAAUCGGGCCAGCUCACUGAGCAAACAGGGCAUGAACGGAGCCAAAGGGAUGUCUGGAGGCGAUGGCGUCGGCGGCGGGGUUGCUGGAGGAAGCCGUGAUGUUGGUGGCGAUGGACGUAGGCCUAUGGUUGACCAAAGUGACAAGCCCCACAAGUGUGACCAAUGUGGACGUGGAUACAGACACCCCUGCUCACUCCUUAACCACAAGAAGUCCCACAAGACUGGUGUUUUCCGCUGCUUGGUGUGCCAGAAACGCUACUACAAUCUACUGGCUCUCAAGAAUCACCAAAGGACCCACUUUGAUCUAAAGAGGCACAAGUGUGAGGAAUGCGGCAAGGCUUUCAAGAUCCAAAAGCAGCUGAUCAACCACCUCCGUCUCCACGAGGAGCACCGGGCCAAAGGUCUUGUUCGGACCGGCCCCAACGGUUCCCGCUUCCAGCAGCCCGGCCCAUCUCAAAUGCAGACUAUGAGAGGGGAGUCGUCAAAGGGCCAGGUAAUGGGCGUGAAAUACAGCCACCAAGCAUUCAAAAAGCCCUACUCUUCAGCUGGAACGUCCAGGCCCCAGAAGUUUGACCCAGCUGAAACUGGACGGCGGCCUUUUUCAUGUGAAGAAUGUGGAAAGACAUACCGCCAUGCAGGCAGCCUGGCUAAUCACAAAAACCUUCACAAAAUUGGGGAGUACCACUGCAACGUUUGCAACUCCACAUACCCCAACAGGCUGGCAAUGAAAAACCACCUGCGCCUCCAUUUUGCCCAGAAAAAGCACAACUGCCAAGAGUGCGGUAAGGGCUUCCGCACCCAGAGGCAGCUAGCUACCCACACUACAGCUGGCCUGUGCAAAGGCCCGCAGGGCCCCGGUGCCCAGAUGGAUUUUGAGUGUGAUGGCUGCUGUGAAGGCUUUGCCACAGCUGAUGAGCUCGCAGCCCACGACUGCCCAGCCCAGCACCUGCCUUCGUCCUCCUCCACCAACAGCUCCACCAACAUCAGCAUGGAGAGAAGCUCCGUGGACCUGGACUCGGACGAGAGACCCUACGCCUGUGACCUGUGCAGCUGCGCCUACAAACACGCGAGCUCCUUGCUGAACCACAAGCACACCCACAAGACGGGCAACUUCCGGUGCAACUUCUGCGACAAGCCCUACACCAAUUACAUGGCGCUACGAAACCACAUGCGCAUUCACACGCAGCGGAAGAAGCACAUCUGCCACACAUGUGGGAAAGCCUUCCGGCUGGCCAGGUUCCUUCGCAACCACCAGAAGGUCCACGAGGAGGGUGCUACCCCCUUCGGCUGCCCCACCUGUGGGAAGAGUUUCCAGGGGAGAUCCGGUCUGGCCAGGCACCGCUGCGGGGACAACCAGGUAGGCAUGGAAGUCAGGAGGAAGGCCGCUGCACCCCCGGGAGAGGGCGAAGAGUGUCGGUACACAUGUGAUCAGUGUGGCCGCUCCUACCGCCAUGCCAGCUCCCUCCUCAACCACAAGAACACCCACACUGUCGGCAUCUACCACUGCGCCGUGUGCCUCAAGACCUACUCCAACCUGCUUGCCCUGAAGAACCACCGCCGUAUCCACUCUGAGACACGGCGCCACCGUUGCCACGACUGCGGCAAGGCCUUCCGUGUUUCCUCCCAGCUCUACAACCACCGACGCGUCCACCAGAAGCAACGGGAACUGACCUGCAGGUCCUGCCAACGAGCCUUUCCUACGCAUGCCAGCUUCAGGCUCCACAUGGAGAUCACCCAUGGCCAGGCGCCGCAGCCCCGCCAGCCCAGACCCCAGCAGCCCCGACCGGGGGGCUCCCAGGAGCUGGGCUGGGGGUCAGGCCUAGACCUCACCUUGAUGCAAGAGCAAGGACUCGACCCCAGCAGCAUGACCAAAGCCCGCAGCCGUGGGGGCAGCACUGAGGUUAUCAAGUCCCACGUCUGUGACCAGUGUGGGAGGUCUUACCGCCACGCCAGCUCCCUGCUCAACCACAAGAACAGCCACAAGACCGGGACCUACUUCUGCAAUUCCUGCCAGAAGGAGUUCCCCAACCUGAUGUCCCUCAAGAACCACAGACGGAUCCACACCGAGCCCAAACGCUACCAGUGCCCCGACUGCGGCAAGUCGUUCCGGGUGUCCACCCAACUCAUCUGCCACCGCCGCAUCCACACCAAGGAGAAACCGUUCUCCUGCCAGCAGUGUGACAAGCGCUUCUCCUCCAAGUCCAACCUGAGGCACCACAUGAAGGUGCACUGGAGCAACUCGACGGCGCCCCCUCCCAUGGCCAUGGGUGCGCCCAACUUCCUGGAUCUGAGUUCGGGGGGUUCGACCAGCAGCUCCAGGAGCUUCGUCUGCAGUCAGUGUGGGCGGUCUUACCGCCACGCCAGCUCCCUGCUCAACCACAAGAACAGCCACAAGACCGGGACCUACUUCUGCAACCACUGCCAGAAGGAGUUCCCCAACCUGAUGUCCCUCAAGAACCACAGACGGAUCCACACCGAGCCCAAGCGCUACCGGUGCCCAGACUGCGGAAAGUCCUUCCGGGUGUCCACGGCGCUUAUCUGCCACCGCCGCAUCCACACCAAGGAGAAGCCGUUCUCCUGCCAGCAGUGUGACAAGCGCUUCUCGUCCCGGUCCAACCUGAGGCACCACAUGAAGGUGCACUGGAGGGGUCCGCCACUGUCCAGAGGGAGGUCAUCCGCCUUCCUCACCGUCACCUCCAGACCUUUCAUCUAAAUCUAAACCUCACUGGUCUUUCUGAAACAGACUUCCCCGGACCGCGUGGUCUCCUGAGGAACACCAUGUGGAGGUUUUGGUCUGUGGGUUCGGGUUUAAAUUUUAUCAGUGACUGAACACCUGAUAUCAUUAUAUCACUGAGAUAUUUCACCUGAAAACCAUCAGUCUGAAUUUAUCAGUUUUAAGUUCCCCUCUUCGAGGUUUUUCCUGGUUCCUGAUGUGAAACAAAAGAAGUUCGAAAAUAUCUGGUUCUGUGAACAAAAGACAAAGUCAACUGCGACUCCCAUGGUGCAUUUCACUGUCAAACAGUAAAUCACAGAGCUUCAUAUACUGCUGUGUGUUCAAUAACAACAAGCUAAAUGUAAAUUGCGUUUGGAAAACUGAUUAUUUCAACGCGAUUCAUUCUCAUUGCAUUUAAAAUUCUCUCUGAUUGAUGGUUUAUCUCCAUAGCAACAGCAGCUGAGGCUCAUGGGUAUUUAGAGACAGACAAAAACACAAUUUAUCAGAAAACAAGGGUCAGUUAUUCAAACUUCCAAUCACUUUCACGACUACAGUAUAAGUCUCUCUUUUUUGGAUCGGGUGACGUUCUGAUCAGUUCCAUUCAGUUUUGAUAUUCAGCUUUUACCUUGAAUUUUGGCGUCUGAAUCUGAUAAACUAGAGUUUAUUUACUUGAAUGUUUUGAUCCGAGUCGUGUUAUUGCCCUAUGUGCUAAUAACGGAUUUCAGUGAUGUCAUGUUGUUUUUUCAGGAUGAUGUGUAACUCUGGUGCAUUUACAGCAGUGGCAACGUCUCGGAUAUUAAAUCAACAAAUAAAUAUAUAGAAACUAAAUGUAGCAGUUUGAAUAGAUAUUAUAGUUUUAUCAUCAUCGUUUUUUAUCAACAAGUCCCCCAACCUAAACGACAGCAUAUAUCGUUUUAUCCAUCCCAAAACGACACAUAUGAGCAUUAAACACUGUGAACGAGCGUUACCACUAAUGUUGUGAAACGGUCACACUUUGGUUACUUUUAUGAAAAACAUUGUGGUUUGGGUUAAAAUAAGUACAUUAUAUAAGUCACGUGACACAAGUCAGUUAAAACUGUUCUCCUAAGUAAGUCCAGUUUUCAGCCAUCCAACCACCCCGUCCUACCUCCUUAUGCGGACUCCCUGCCUAUUUAUAAUACGUCACCCGACGUCCUCCUUUGCUACCGUCAUAUUACCACUAGAGGUCGUUGCCACAAUAAAAGUAAAUAUGGGUCGUCAUAACGUGCUGCACAAACAACAUAUAGUUUUAAGUCCAAACCACAUAAAUUCAGAUUGAUGGUUGACGAACGAAUUUUGGAAUUAAAUUUCAACAUGAUGUGUUUUAGCAGUUAUUUAGGUUUUCAGUGAGUUAUUCAGUUUCUUACAUGAUUCAGAUCCUUUCAUGAGCAGGAAACCUGGAAGCUGAAGCUCUUCUCUUCAUGGAAACUUAAAUGUGCGUAUUUUUUCUCUGACUUUGUGAAGCUCUCUGAGUUUCUCUCCGUCGAUGAUGAACGGCACUCGGAGGCUUAGCUGAACGGGUCUGAACACUUUUACACUCUGAGUGAAGCGGCAUAUUGCGUCGUCGUUGUCGUCACUUCCUCCUGAUGAACUGAGCUCGCCGAGUGUUUUAGUAGAUAUCAGACUUUAUCUAUUGGGAUAUAUUUUAGGUUUAAAGACGUCAGAGUGGAUGAUGGGUCUUCUGUUGUUUCCACUACCUCUUCCUCUAAUCUUGGUGUACUAGCUCCUAUUUGUUCCUCUCAUGUAAUCCUGAUUUUCUGUUUUAUGCUCUGGUUUCACGUCAUUGAACGAAGCGAAGAGUGUUGUUGUUGUAGAGUCAAGAAGCAGAAACAUUUUAAGCCCGUGGAAGCGUCUUUUUCCUCGGCGUCACGCUGUCUGGAGCGAGACCAUUCAGAUCUCAGCAGCUGUAAAUGCAAAGAAGCAUAGAUCAGAUGAUAUUUAUCAGAAAACAUGUCCAGAUACAGAUCACAUGUGAAGGCCAGGUGAAGACAGGGCCUUUGUAAAACUUGUCCAGAGGGAAAAUAGAGGAAAUGAAAGCAAGGAUUCUUUUUUUUAGAUGAUCUUUGAGUGAAAACAACAGCUCAUUUCAUUCAUAUAAACUCUCUUUCCUCUGACAGACUGUAAGACUUCACAGCGUCUCUUCAGACUGAAACUUAAAACGUUAACUUCUAACAAACUCUGAAGUGGAGGAAGAAGGCGAAGAUGAACAGAGGACGUCGACAUGGACAAACAUGAGGAGAUUCUGUUUUUUACACUACGGAGGAUAAACAGUGUUCCUUCCUCUUCUUCUGUUAGCAUUUAAGACUCAUAACGUACAGACGUAAAGCAGAGAAAAAACUGGGAAAAUGUAGUUUCAUGGGUGUUUGGACGCCUUCAGGUCAGCAAAGGAACUGUGAACUUAGCUGCCCUGACGGGAAUCAUCAUCAUCCUCCGAAGGACUGUCGAGGUCAGAACCUCAACACUCAGACUGUUUUUAACUUCAACACCAAAAUCAAACCAUCAACACGGAAGUCCAUUUAUGUCAUGUGGGGAAAAAAACUAUCAUAUGUUUUUUAUUCACUAUUAAGUGUUUCUGAAUCUUGUAAAUAUAAAAAAAACUUAAAUAUGUCCUGUAAUUGUAAAGUUGUAAAGUUUCAGUAUUUGUAGAACACUUUGAAACUGCCUCCUGGAUGAACUGCAGGAGCUAAUUAUGACAAACUCUCAUAAAUAUGAGAAACGGCAUCAUAA